AUGUUUUCCAAAUUGAUGUCUAGAGGACUGAUGCAAAGAUCAGCUGUUAGAUCGCUCCACUGCACUAACCAAAGAUCCUUCACUAUCCCUUUUAUCCCCAAAUUACCCCAAAACCCAGGUGGCGUCAAGGGCGACGUUAACGAAGCAUACGUUCCCCCUUCUUCCGACAAGCUGCACGGCUCCGUGCAUUGGGACUUUGAACGUUUCACUGCAGUCGCUCUCUUGCCGCUGGUAGGGAGCAGCUUGGCCGCUGGCGGAGACGUGAGUGUUGUUGCUGACUCCUUGCUAGCAACGACACUUUUGGGCCACUGUUACGUUGGGUUCCAAUCCUGCAUCAUUGAUUACAUCCCCUCCAGAGUUUACGGAAAAUACCACAACUAUGCCAUGUACAUGCUAACCCUCGGCUCGUUGUUUGCUGGUGUUGGUAUCUACAAGUUGGAGACUGAAGAAAAUGGCCUCAGCGGUGUUGUGCAAAAGCUAUGGACGGCUAGCACCCAUUCCGAAGGGGAGAAGAAGUAA